AAUUUUACGGCGCACACCCCCCCGCAUACACAUAAAACAGGCUUGGUUUGGUUGCAAUGGAUAGCUGAGGGACAGUACGACUACCAAUGAAUUCAUGUUCCUUAGGGUCACACGUGUAAUAUUAUAAUUAACGUAUACAUACAAGUAGUAGAAUAACGGUAUCGCAGAAAACGCAAAGUGGUAGGAAGUUUGCUAGCUAGGUUAGUAACGUUAGGCUAAGUAGCUUUAAAGCGGUGAACACCACCACCUGUUGUCUCAGUUCAGGGUUGCCUGUCCGACCAUGAGUUCUACAAGCGCCCGUGACAGCUCGGAGGGGUCUAAACUCUGGGGAGGGAGGUUCGCUGGUGAAACUGACGCUAUCAUGGAAAAGUUCAACGCCUCAAUAGCAUAUGACCAGAGAAUGUGGGACGCAGACAUCAGGGGCAGCAAGGCAUAUGUUUUGGCGCUACAGAAGGCUAACCUUGUGACGGAGGAUGAGAUGAACCAGAUUGUCACUGGUCUUGAUCAAGUUUAUGCAGAAUGGUCUGGGGGGUCCUUUCAAAUUAAAUCAGGAGAUGAAGACAUCCACACAGCCAAUGAGCGUCGGCUUAAGGAACUGAUUGGAGACGCCGCAGGCAAGCUGCAUACAGGUAGAAGUAGAAAUGACCAGGUUGUCACAGACAUGAGGCUUUGGUUACGGGAUGCGAUAGGUAUUGUGAAGGGCCAUGCCUUACUGCUUAUAACUACCAUGGUGGAGAGGGCCUCUAGAGAGAUAGACAUCCUUUUCCCUGGGUACACACACAUGCAGAGAGCUCAACCAAUCCGAUGGAGCCACUGGAUUAUGAGCCAUGUGGUGGCCUUGAGCAGAGAUGUGGAGAAACUUGAUGAAAUUCGGCGGCGAGUUAAUGUCCUGCCUCUCGGAAGUGGUGCCAUUGCAGGGAAUCCAUUCAACAUUGAUCGCAAACUGCUUUGUAAAGAACUGGCCUUUGAUUCAGUCAGUAUCAACAGUAUGGAUGCAACAGCAGAGAGAGAUUUUGUUGCUGAGUUCCUCUUCUGGGCAUCUUUAAGUCUCACUCACCUCAGUAAGAUGGCAGAAGACCUAAUCAUCUACAGCACCAAAGAGUUCUCCUUUGUCACACUGUCUGAUGCUUACAGCACUGGCAGCAGCCUGAUGCCCCAGAAGAAGAAUGCUGACAGCCUGGAGCUUAUCCGCAGCAAGGCCGGACGGGUCUUCGGAAGAUGUGCAGGUUUUCUCAUGACACUGAAGGGCCUGCCCAGCACCUACAAUAAAGACUUACAGGAGGAUAAGGAGGCCAUGUUUGAUGUGUAUGACACAGUUGAAGCUGUUCUCCAGAUCGCCACAGGUGUCAUAGCCACACUGAAGGUGAAUAGCAGUGCAAUGAAGGCUGCCCUUAGUCCUGACAUGCUUGCCACUGACCUAGCCUACUACCUGGUCAGAAAAGGGAUGCCUUUCAGACAGGCUCAUGGAUGCUCUGGAAAGGCUGUAGCUCUCGCUGAUUCCAAAAACGUCCCGCUUAAUGAACUUACUCUGGAAGACUUGCACACCGCCAGCCCGCUGUUCGACAGUGAUGUGUCCUCUGUGUGGGACUACAGCAGCAGCGUGGAGCAGUACAGCGCCAUGGGAGGCACAGCCAAGAGCAGCGUGCUGGCACAGAUAGACCACAUGAAGACCUGGCAGGAGAAAUACAAGCAUUAACGCACUCUGCCAUGCGAUAAUGAACGCACACCCUCACAACAAUUGCGAGUUUAAGCAAUGGGAGUGUGCAUAUAUAAACACACACUUAAUUAUAUAUUAACUUUGUGCUGAGGUGAUCUCUGGUUUCCAUAUCUGAAGAGUGGAUGUUAUACUGUUACAAAUAACAUGACUGAAUGCACUCCUCUCUUAAAUGAAAGUUACUGAAAUUGCAUAGUAAGCUUUUGCGUCCCAUGGUGAAUAAGUCUAAGGGUUCUGACUGUCAAGGUAUGAUUUUACUGGAUGUGUUGUUUCUUUGCAUCCGUGUUUAUCUCAUAAUAUUUAGGUCAACCAGGUUAUGCUGCAAAUAAAACAAACCAUAGAGGUCUAGCAUAA